UCAAAAUUAUAAUAUCCCCAAAAUUCAAUACUCUAGCUCAAAACAAAUCCAAAGCCAAAAUUUAGCAACAUUUUGAGAAGCAUAUAUGUCUAAGGGUGAAAUUUAUGACGGGGAGGACCUUAAUUCCCCCUUAGGAAGGCUAUAUUUGUGCCCUGAAACAGAGCAAAUAAUGAAUUGUUCCAUGUUUUUAGAGCACCCAAUUGAUGUACAAGCCUUUAAAACAGCCUUCUCAAACUCCGUCAUGAUCAAAGACCCGAGGUUUUGCAGCCUCUUAGUAAGAAACCCUAGUGGUGGAGAUCACUGGAAAAGAGUUGAUGUUAACAUUGAUGAACACUUCAUCCUCCACUACCCCUCAACCAAAACAGAAACCGGCAGCCUCGACAACGAAGCUGCCGUGAAUGCAUACUUAUCCGACAUUGCGGUGUCGACUCCACUAAGGAAAGAUAAACCAUUAUGGGAAGUACAUGUUUUAGUGGAGUUAAAAUGUGUGGUGUUAAGAGUUCAUCAUUCUGUAGGUGAUGGGGUUUCUUUGAUGUCUAUGCUUUCUUCUUGUUUUGGCAACAAAAUAAUAAGUGAUAUUGAUGUGAUGAAAAAACACAAGAAGAAGAUUCAUGAAAAUAAGAAGUGGAAAAUAAAAGGAUUAUGGGGGUUAAUUAAGAGUAUAUGGUUUACAAUUGUGUUUGGAUUAAGGUUUUUAGGGAGGGUUUUAGGGGUGAAAAACAACGUUAGUGUGGUAAGUGGUGGUGAUGGGGUGGAGCUUUGGCCAAGAAAGUUGAUGACUGCCAAGUUUAUGAUUCAAGACUUCAAGUCAAUCAAAGUGGCAAUUCCUAGUGUUACCGUCAAUGAUGUGCUUUUGGGGGUCAUAUCGCAUGGACUAUCCAAGUACGUAGGUGCCAAAUCACACAAGGCUCUGCAGCAAAGCCCUCAAGUCACUGCUAUUCUGGUUGUCAAUCUACGCGGAGUCUCUUGCUUACAGGAAAAAACAUGUACGGAUUCGACGAUUGCCAAUUCUAGUAAUGGGCUUUCAAUAUGGAGAAACAAAACGGGCUUAAUGCUCCUGCCAUUAUAUUGCUGUAAUGGACUCCAUCCUUUGGAUCAUGUUAAAACUAUGAAGAAAACUAUGGACAAAAAGAAGAAUUCAUAUGAAGCCCAAAUCUCUCACGUUUUUCUUAAAUUGAUGACAACCUACUUUGGCCCAAAGGCAGCUAGUUGGUGUUGUCACAAAGUAUUAUGUAAUACAGACUUGCUGAUUUCAAACAUCAUGGGUCCUUCCGAGGAGAUCGCUAUUGCCAACAAUCCCGUGGUGAGCAUACGAGUGAAUAUUUCGGGACAACCUCAGGCAAUUACGUUGCACAUGGUAAGCUAUGCAGGAAAGGCAGAUAUGCAAGUAAUGGUGGCUAAAGAUAUCAUCUCCGACCCUGAAUUUUUGGUCAACUGCUUCCAAGACUCUUUGGUUGAAAUGAAAACUCCACCCAAAAAAUUUUAGAUUUUAAUAUAAGAAUAUACGUACGUAGUAUAUUACACGAAUAUACCACAAUGAUUAAUCGUGUUAAUUUGCUCCUUGCCAAUCUGUUUUGUAUUACUCCCUCCGAACCUAAAUGUUAUUCCCGUUUGUCAUUUUACGCGGUUAUUAAGGAAAAAGAAACAUUAUAAGAUUAACUAUUA